ACCUGACCGACUAAUGAUACUUUCACGGAUGCUCUUUUAGCAAUUGAACGAUUCACAAUCAGAGUCAGGAUGUCGGACUACGAAGAUGAUAUGGACUUGGAUGCGCCUCCGUCCAAGGACAAGUCCAUUCAAUUCAGCUCAGACCACGCAGCGGGCAAACAGAAGCGAAUAGCUGCGGACUUGCCAGUGGAAGCAGAGGACAACUUGCCUUGGGUCGAGAAGUACCGGCCUAACACCCUCGACGAUGUCUCCGGGCACCAAGAUAUCCUUGCCACGAUCAACAGAUUUGUUGAACACAAUCGGCUGCCGCAUCUCCUCUUUUAUGGACCGCCGGGUACCGGAAAGACAUCCACCAUUUUGGCGCUGGCGCGACAGAUAUAUGGCCCCAGGAACAUGAGGCAGAUGGUGCUCGAACUCAAUGCUUCUGAUGACCGCGGCAUCGACGUGGUUCGCGAGCAGAUCAAAACUUUUGCGUCGACCAAGCAGAUCUUCAGUACUUCCACGCAACAGACUCCGGGCGGGCCUAAACUCGGCCUAGGCGCCUUCAAGCUGAUCGUUCUCGACGAAGCAGACGCAAUGACAUCCGCAGCACAAAUGGCUCUUCGCAGGAUUAUGGAAAAAUACACCGCCAACACAAGAUUCUGCAUUAUUGCAAACUACACACACAAGCUGUCUCCGGCAUUGUUGUCGAGAUGUACACGGUUUCGCUUCUCACCGUUAAAGGAAGCAGAUAUCCGGCGGUUGGUAGACAAGGUGAUUUCACAGGAAAACGUCAAUAUCACACCCGACGCAGUGGAUUCUUUGGUCAAGCUGUCGAAAGGCGACAUGCGUCGGGCAUUGAAUGUUCUUCAAGCCUGCCACGCCGGGUCACGGCCGCUCCCAAUGCGAGGGCAGCCUCCCGUGCCAGAAUCUGAAAUCAAAUACGAGUUGAUUACGAACGACACGAUUUACAAUUGUAUUGCAGCGCCACACCCCGAAGAUAUUCGGUUAAUCAUGACGACUAUGCUGAGCACUCCAGAUCUGACGGAAUGUCUAAGGACGAUUAAUGCCUUGAAAAGUAGUCGAGGUCUGGCACUGGCCGACAUAUUGACUGCGUUGGCGGACGAAUUACAGAACCUCGAGGUCAGUGCCGCGACCAGAGUGACGUGGCUGCAAGGACUUGCAGAGAUUGAAUACAGAUUGGCCGGGGGCGGAAGUGAGGGUGUGCAGACUGGUGGGAUGAUCGGCAUUGUGAGAACAGGGUGCGAACUGAUGGGUGAGAAAGGGGUUGGUGAAAAGAUGAGCGUGGACGGGUGAUGAUGGUGAUUCCGGAGAAGGUGGCCCCAGAUAUGAAAUCUGAUUUUGAAACGCCGAUUCAGAUGGUUGAUUCAACACUGUGUUGCUUCACGAUCGAGCCACAGAUAUGGUCAGCAGAUACGGGAGAGAAAGAGCGAAAUGGUGCUUCGAAUAGGCAUCCUCUCCGAAAUCACAGCACUGCUGUGUUUAUGGUCAGGGGUUCUCUCAUCCCGUCUGGAAGAAUGAAGCAGGCCAGUGAGGGACGAUCACGAGGAACGCCAACCCCGUCUAAUGGCUGCCAUGCACUUCUUUGUGAUUCAUCUCAGCCUCGCUACAGUGGGCUGAUCCUAUUUUCACGGGGAUGUUUUGCUGUUUGAUGAUUAGAUGGCUACGAAAGUUCCGAGCACAUAAGCAUAGCAUACAGCGGGCGGCCGCGCAGUGUAUCAAAUUGCGUGUCAAGACG